AUGCGAUCCAAGUUCAAGGACGAGCACCCCUUCGAGAAGCGCAAGGCCGAGGCCGAACGUAUCCGCCAGAAGUACUCUGACCGUAUUCCUGUUAUUUGCGAGAAGGUUGAGAAGUCUGACAUCGCUACGAUCGACAAGAAGAAGUACCUCGUUCCUGCGGACUUGACUGUUGGACAGUUUGUCUACGUCAUCCGCAAGCGUAUCAAGCUCUCCCCUGAGAAGGCUAUCUUUAUCUUCGUCGAUGAAGUCCUGCCGCCUACCGCAGCUCUUAUGAGCAGCAUCUACGAAGAGCACAAGGACGAAGAUGGCUUCCUGUACAUCACGUACUCGGGCGAGAACACCUUUGGCGGUUUCGAGACAGCGUGA